AUGCUUAGACUGCCCUUUCGACAUCGUCGGCGCCGUGGCCUAUUCCAUGCGCUUCUGAUACUCUUCGUUAUCUGGAACGCAGUCGAGGUUGUUCUCAUCCAGCGUCAUCUCUGGCACCCUCUAGCCCAUAACAACCACCAGCUCCAGUCACCACCAGAGCGCAUCUUCAUCGCAAGUAUCCACUGGAAUGAUGAGAUCAUCCUGCGCAGUCACUGGAACCAGGCGUUAAUCAACCUGGUGCAGGCCCUCGGUCCCCAGAACGUCUUUGUCAGUGUCUACGAAAGCGGCAGCUAUGACAACACCAAAGACGCGUUACGGGCCCUGGAUCAGUCCCUCGCAGCUCUGGAUGUCCCGCGGAACAUCACUCUGUCUAAUGUCACCCACUGGGAUGAGAUGCACAAACCCCCAGCUGACCACGACUGGCUCCAGACCAAGCGUGGGAAAAAGGAGCUGCGGCGGAUUCCGUACCUCGCCCGGACACGCAAUAUCGGUCUCGAACCGUUGAGCCGUCUGGCCGAAGAAGGAGUCCAUUUCGACAAGAUCUUGUUUCUUAAUGAUAUUGUUUUUACGGUCAAUGAUGUGUUUGCGCUCCUCGGCACGCAUAACGGCCAGUACGCCGCGGCAUGCUCGCUGGAUUUCUCCAAACCCCCUUACUACUACGACACUUUUGCUCUUCGCGAUGCGGACGGCAAGGAGCCAAUCAUGCUCACCUGGCCCUAUUUCAGUGCAUCCGCAUCCCGGAACGCCUUGGUGCAGUUGGACCCUGUGCCCGUGAAGAGCUGCUGGAAUGGAAUGGUUGCCAUGCCCGCCGCGCCCUUCUUAUACACUGAUAAACCCCUCCGUUUCCGGGACAUCCCGGACUCUCUCGCCCAGGAGCAUCUCGAAGGCUCGGAAUGCUGUCUGAUCCAUGCCGACAACCAAAUCGCGUCGGACGCGGCCCGGCCUACGAGGCCGUGCAUCCUGACGACCGAUGGUUGUCUUCCUGGCGGAUCUUGCGCGGACUAUGGUCGAACCGCCUUCGACGAUGGAGUCAUGUUGACCUGA